AUGUCUCUUGAUUCGCAAUCUCGCACAGUGGGCAAGCGGAGACAGCAACAACAGAUAGAUGGAGAUGGAGACUCCAUUCCAGGUUCUGAGCGGAAGAGACCGAGGACAUUGCAAGCCUGUCUGCCAUGUCGACGACGAAAAGUCAAAUGCAAUGGUGCGAAACCUCGGUGCCACAACUGUGCUCGAUUUGAUGAUGAAUGCCAGUGGCCGUCAGGGAACGUUUCUUCCGGACAGGUCAAUGUGCCACUUAUGAUUUCGCCAUUGGGAGCGCAUGAGUUUCUCUCGGGAGACCAAGCUUUGUGUUUAUCCAAGGCUUUUUUCUCGUCCCCUCAAUUCUCACUAGUAGGCCACGCUUUUCACAGGCCGACGUUCGAAGGCCGACAAUUCCUGGAACAGCCCCUACUUUUACGAGUAGCCAUCUGUAGUUUGGCGGCCCUACAGCUUGCGGACGAUGAUUUAGAACGGUACUUCAGUAGAGAGGAUGGCCCCGAUGUAUCAAAUCGACUGGCACUCAUUGGCCAGACACUAUCAAGGGAUAGUUCGUUCCACCCAACGGUCGAAAAUAUCUUAGCCAACGCCUUACUGGGAUGGAGAGAACUUAUCGCAGGUAGUGGUAAUUUGGCCUGGCUUUAUACUGGUUUGGCGAUCCGUAUGGCGCAGGUUUUACGACUUGGAAAAGAGUAUCAUCAGCGUCAUCCGGCAGUCGAACGCGAGAGACGGCGCCGGGCAAUGUGGACUGCUUUCAUAUUGGAUCGCUUGGUCUCUUAUGUAAUGGCGCGUCCUCAGGCGAUCGGUGUUCAUAAAUUAAGAAUACAGCUGCCAUGCCCAAACCAUCAUUAUGUUUUUGGCGAGGCAUACAGUGGUCCCAAUAUCCAUCAGCCACUCCUAGGAGAGGUUUCCAAUGAUGAUAUCCUCGCAUAUGUCAUUAGAGUUAUCAAUCUUUGGGGCGGAUGUACAGAUCUAUUUGCAAAUUUGGCUAUUGGAGAAACGAGUUCCUCUGCGCAGUUUGAGAUCGAGUUGAGGCAAAUGGAGCUUACAAUUGAGACCUGGACCGCACAAUUACCUGAUCGUUUACACUGGUCACCUGAGAAUUACGCUUCUCACAAACUUCUUGGAAUAGGGAGUCAAUUUAUACUGCUUCAAAUGCUUAUUCUACAUAUACAAUGCACCACGCAACAUGGAUUUCUGCCCUUCGAGACCCUGUUCGUAUCAGAGAGUGGCAGGGAUUCGGCUGCUGUACAGUCGUGUUUAGCAUACGCUCAGCGCAUCACUGAGAUUGCAACUUUGCUUUUUCAAGGAGACGAUGUCGAUCGUGCGAACCUUACGUCUCCAUUUAGUGGCAUUGCAAUAGCUUGCGCGGCGAAUGUAUGGAUAUGGAGAGUUCACGUGAAUGACAUAUCUCAGAUUGAAGGGGCUGAAACGUCGUCUGAUACUGAUCAGGAAAUAAAGUCAUAUCUUGCAAGUAUUAUUGCCAUUUUGAAAUCAUGGGCAAAAACGUGGAAGCUUGCUCAGUCGUGGCUUGAUGUUAUCGGAAUACUUACUCAAUAUUACGCCACAAUCUACACUGGAAAUUCCGCAAUAAAUUUAGGGGAACAAGAGUUAGGGCAUGAAGGACGAUCCACCGAACAAGAUCCGGAUCAAGAAGUAGAGAUAGGUAGUGGAUUUCCAGAACCUCCCGACUUCCAAGAUCUAUUUAGAAGAAUAUAUUUCUUGAAUGCUGCAGUGGGCGAGUCAUCGACACUCAGGAGACAAUUUGCGCGGUUCCAAAAUCAUAGCUCCUGGACUCAGAUAUGGUUGGGAUCUCUCCUUUCUAGUCAGGCGCUAGAUGAUCAUUUAGCAGGUUUCGACCAAGACGCAGGAUUGCUAUGA